AUGAGCUUGGACAUUGGCAAAUCAGUCGUCUGUCUUGUUUACCAAAGAUAUCCUAUCGCCUCCCAUUAUUGUUCCAGGUGCAAUGCGGACUAUACUACCUGUACAUAUCUAUCUAUAUGUGCGAGGUGUCUUUCCGAGAUAGCCGAAAAUCAGUCGCAGAGUUGGUCGAGUGGGAAUGCCGAUGUAGACAAGUUUAUAUUAGAUGCACAACGUAGCGCCAAGGCCGUCUCUGAAAUAAUUGAAUGGAUUCCGUAUGACGAUUUUGUAGACGGGCAGUCAUUAGCAAAAGGAGGAUUUUCGAUAAUCUACAAAGCAACUUGGAAACAAGGACCGUGGACAACAAGGGUUAACGAAUAUGAGAUACCAGCGUACUGUGAGCGUGAGGGUCCGACACAAGUUGUACUUAAGGAAUUGAUCGGAUCUCAAAAUAUCUCGACGAGAUAUCUAAAAGAAGUGCAAUUGUAUUUACUGUUUAUAAAAAAAUAUAAGCACCAGGGACCUAGAGUCUAUGGUAUUACCAAAAAUCAUGCUACUAAUAAUUUCGCGUUGGUCAUGGAGUUUGUACCUGGUGGAGAUUUGAGACAGCUUUUAAUAAAAAAUCCAAAGACAUUCACUUGGGAACGGCGUAUAUCCUUUUUAUGUAAAUUGGCACAGCAGCUGCAGAGUUUACACAAUGAAAAUUUUAUCCAUGGGGACUUUCACAGUGGAAAUAUUUUGUGUGAUUCAGAUGAAGAUUUUGAAAACAUUUCAGUUAUAAUAACAGACAUGGGUUUAGCUGGUCCUUCUGACAAGGAGCACACUGAUAAUGAAUUAGAGCCAUUAUAUGGAGUAGUUGCAUAUACGGCACCGGAAGUUCUUCAAGGUCAACCUAAAUCCAAGGAAUCUGAUAUAUAUGCUUUUGGCAUAAUUAUGUGGGAAAUUUCAUCAGGAAAGCCAGCAUUUUAUGAAUAUGAUGACAUGAUCAGUUUGGUACUUAAUAUUUGUGAAGGAACAAGACCUGCUGUUGUUUCUGAUACACCAGAUUGCUACAUAGAGUUAAUGAAGGCAUGUUGGACACCUGAUCCAAGUGAGAGACCCACCAUAGAAGAGAUAAUAAAGCACUUGGAAAACUUUUCUAAAAAAAGUGAUCAUUCUCCAAUGGUCAAUAAAUAUGAAUAUUUAUCAUUUGUAAAGGCGGAAAAGGCUAGAAUAAACAAAGAGUCUAAUCAUAAUGGAUUAAGCUUUGAUGGCAGAUAUACCAGCAAAUUUAUUGACUAUAGUGUUAAAGAGAAUGUUACAAACAGGUAUCAGACAGU